UUUAAUCCGUUUCUAUUUCAUCAUCUACAGCGGAAAUAGCAAUGCUUGAUAAUCACAUCAUUGUCUAUAAGUUCGUUCAAGACCUACACUUCUUUGUUACUGGAGGUGAUGAUGAAAAUGAGCUCAUCUUAGCCACAGUACUUCAGGGAUUUUUUGAUGCUGUUGCCCUCCUCCUCAGAAGCAAUGUAGACAAAAGGGAAGCACUAGAGAACUUGGAUCUCAUUCUUUUAUGCCUUGAUGAGAUUGUUGAUGGAGGUAUGGUUCUUGAGACCGAUGCAAAUGUUAUCGCUGGAAAAGUCGCGUCCCAUAGCAUGGAUGCUGGUGCACCCUUGUCAGAGCAGACUAUAUCUCAAGCACUAGCCACUGCUCGUGAACAUUUAACAAGAUCCCUUCUCAAGUGAGACUUGCAAGCAGGAAAGACAAAGGUUAGGCCUGUUUGGCUGUUUGCCUCUAAGAUUUCCUUGGGGUAGGGCAGGAUGCUUGGUUUUUACUUCGAUCUUAUACUCUUCCAUUCUUUUAAGGACAAUAUUAUUCAGGCUAUCAAGGGGAUAUUUUUUUCUUUGGUUUUUUUUUUUUUUUUGGGGGGGCGGGGUGGGGUGGUGGAUCUUAUUAUAUAAGCUCAUUAGGUUGCAUGUACCCUUUUGUAACAUGCUAUGACAUAUUGAUUGAUUUUGGUACAGUUCAUUAACAGAUGACUUGCAAAAUUUCUCAAAGUAUUCAAAACA